ACCGUGUGUCUUUGUGCAGCAAUUGUGCGCGGUGCCGGAGAUCGCGAGCAGCGAGGAGGUGCAGGAGUUCUUGGCUCUGAACACCGAUGCCAGGAUUGCGUUUGUCAAGAAGCCGUUCCUGGUGUCCCGGAUCGAUAAGAUUGUGGUGAACGCCAUUGUGGACACGCUGAAGACGGCAUUCCCGCGAUCGGAGCCGCAGAGCCCGACGGAUGAGCUGAGUGAGAACGAGGUGGACGGCAAGUCUCAGAAUGACAAGAGAAGCACCAAAGGUCUCUCGGCCGUGGCGCUGGAGGUCCUCUGGUUGGUAAUGAGGGAACAGUGGAGUUGGCUUUGCACGGACAACAUGCAGAAAGUGACGCGUGUGCUGUGCGGAAGCCUCAUCCAGCGGUGGCUGGAGGUCCAGGUGGACAAUGUCACCUGCAUGCAGCGAUGGGCGUUGUACCUGCGUUUACUGCGACAAGCAAUCUGGCCGGGAGGGGCUCUGCGCACUCAGCCGCGGCCGCCGAGGACCCGGACGCAGAGGGACGCAGCUUACGAUCAGGCCCUGCAAAGCCUCAUGGGUAUUAUACCGGAUCUGGUCCAGGAGAUGCUGGGAGUCCAGAAGUGUUGCCAGGCCUGGAAGUCUAUCCUGGAUUCCCUCCAGCACCCCCCGAUUACCAGGCAUUUGCUGUACUGUGUAUGGGACAUCCUGCUGGAGAGUGUGAUCGCCGCACCGGCCUCAUAGAAGACUCCGCCCACUACAGACUGGAUUACAGAUCGGG